GCCAGGCUUAGCUGAUUUUAGUCUGAGCCAACACCCGCUGCUGCUACCCUGGGCCCAGGCAAGCCACUGACAGAGAUCCUGCCUGCCACCACUGGGUCUAGAGAUGGCUAGCAAUUUCACCACACCUCCCACAACUCCUCAGGGAAAUGACUGUGACCUCUAUGCACACCAAGACACAGCCAGGAUAGUAAUGCCUCUGCAUUAUAGCCUCGUGUUCAUCAUUGGGCUGGUGGGAAACUUACUGGCCUUGGUUGUCAUUGUCCAAAACAGGAAAAAAAUCAACUCUACCACCCUCUAUUCCAUGAAUCUGGUGAUUUCUGACAUCCUUUUCACCACGGCUUUGCCUACACGGAUAGCCUACUAUGCACUGGGCUUUGACUGGCAGAUGGGUGACGUCUUGUGCAGGAUAACAGCUCUGGUGUUCUACAUCAACACUUACGCCGGGGUAAACUUCAUGACCUGCCUGAGCAUCGACCGCUUCAUUGCCGUGGUGCACCCUCUCCGCUACAACAAGAUGAAGAGAAUUGAGCAUGCCAAAGCUGUGUGCAUAUUCGUCUGGAUUCUGGUCUUUGCUCAAACUCUCCCACUACUCAUCAGCCCCAUGUCCAAACAGGAGAAUGAAAGGAUCACUUGCAUGGAGUAUCCCAAUUUUGAAGACACAGAGUCUCUUCCCUGGAUUCUACUGGGUGCCUGUUUUAUAGGAUACGUGCUUCCACUCAUGAUCAUCCUCAUCUGCUACUCGCAGAUCUGCUGCAAGCUCUUCAGAACUGCCAAACAAAACCCACUCGCAGAGAAAUCUGGUGUAAACAGAAAAGCCCUCAACACGAUCAUUUUCAUCAUUGUCGUGUUUGUUCUCUGCUUCACGCCCUACCACGUGGCAAUUAUCCAACACAUGAUCAAGAAACUUCACUUCUCUGACCUCCUCGAGUGCCACCAAAGGCAUUCAUUCCAGAUUUCUCUGCACUUCACGGUGUGCUUGAUGAACUUCAACUGCUGCAUGGACCCUUUUAUAUAUUUCUUUGCAUGUAAAGGGUACAAGAGAAAGGUCAUGAAGAUGCUGAAACGUCAAGUCAGCGUAUCAAUUUCCAGCGCAGUGAGGUCAGCUCCCGAAGAAAAUUCACGUGAAAUGACAGAGUCGCAGAUGAUGAUACACUCCAAGACUUCAAAUGGAAAGUAAAGGGACCGCAUCCUCCCUGGACUUGAUAUGAACUCAGUAGGACUUCUCUCCCAAAGUAAAACAACUAUUCAGCUUCCAAUCAGGAUGCCUUUCAAAUGGACACUAUUUCCCACCAUCAGUGGAUGAACUGAUUGAGAAACAUCAAGUUUAAGCUCAAGAGAACAGUAUAAAGCAAGUUCUAAUUCAUAAAUGAAAUAAUACUAUAUCAAAAGGAAGUUCUCUAACUCUUGGUGAAGAAAAAGUUUUACAUCAAUAAAAAAUCAUUAAUAUUUCCUGCCAAUAAUGUGGCAAGAGAGACUGACAGAUUGUAUAUUAUCAGUGUAAAAAUGUUAAUAUUGUAAUAUAUUUUGGUAACAUAUUUCCUUUUUUAUACUUUUAUUGUAUUUGUUUAUUUUUAUGUGGUUCCCAGGACCAAACCCAGUGUCUCACACAUGCUAGGCAAGCAUUCUACCACAACCCUGGCCCGGUAAUGUAUUUCUUAAAUGCAUAUUUCCUUCCAUUUUAGAUCUCUGUCUCCUCAAUAAUAUGGUUUUUAUUUUGUUUUGUUCUGAGUCAUGUUUCAAAGAACACUUCUGGAAUAAAAAGUAGGAAGCUA